GCUUGAGGUUAUACCUACGUUCGCAUUGUAACUUGGUCUCUUAGAUCAGUAUUUUAUAAGUUUUUCUUUAAUUAAUUAUUAAACUAUUAUUAAACCAUGGGUCUCGACACCCAAGUCCACAGACCGACAGGUCUAAAACAGCAGAACAAGCAGCAUAAACACUGGCAUAAGAGUAAAGGUUCGAUAGAAAGGAUCAACAAAGGGAGAUCUAUUUCGAUGAAAGUAAACCCUAAAACCAAGUUUGAAAUGAAGAGGGAAGAAAGGCGAAACCAAGCACAACAGAUGCGCCACAAAAAGAGAUUUGAAUACCUCGAGAAGAGAAGGGGUCUUUGCCAAGCUCCGUUUCUUGUAGGAGUGAUCCCUUUGAACAACAGUAUAAACCCUUUGAAAGUGUUUGACUAUUUGAAAGAAUCUGAUCCAGAAGCAGUCGUGAAUUUCACAGAAGAAGGCUUCUUACACUUACACAGCACGAGGUUCAAACAGAAAUUUACAUUCGCCACUGUUCACGGUGACAAUCUGUUCGACAAGCUUGACCUGCUGAAAGUUUGUACGACUUUACUGUUCCUCACUUCAGUUGAAGGAGUCGAUGAAGACGGUGUAGUAACGAUCACCUCUGCUAUAGCACAGGGUUUACCAACUGUUACAGUUGUCGUAACCGAUCUGGCGACACAACCGCAAAAAAAAUGGCAUGAAGUGAAAUCUAACAUUGAAAAAGAACUUCAAAAAUGGCUGCCUCCUGUCGACAAAGUAAUGACGAUGGAUAAACCUGGCGAUGGUUUGAAUAUAUUAAGGAAGAUCGCAUUUCAGAAACAUCGGUCUAUACUUCAGAGAGAUCGGCGGCCCCAUAUGUUGGCUGAGGUUGUCCAAUUCUCUGAAACAUCAGAGGGUAAAGGCACUUUAAAAAUAACAGGAUAUUUAAGAGGGAAGAAUUUAAGUGUAAAUUCCCUAGUACAUAUCUCUGGCUGGGGGGAUUUUCAAAUGAGCCAAAUUGACGCUGUGCCUGCACCUGGUGAUGGAGCACACAAAGAGAUAAGAGUUUUAGAAGUGGCCGAUCCUCAAAAACAAGAAUCUUUACAAUGUGAAAACAUUCCGGACCCGAUGGAUGCUGAACAAACUUGGCCGACUGAAGAAGAAAUGGAAGAAGCGGCAAACGAAAAGAAGAAAGUUGUUAAAAAAGUCCCUCAUGGCUGGUCUGAUUAUCAGGCAGCUUGGAUUCCCGAUUGUGAUGCCUUUGAAAUAGAAAGCGGUGAUGAAGAAGAAGAAGAUGAAAACAUGCAGAUUCAGGCGGAAGAUGAAGAAAUGAGUGAUGAUCAAACAGAAGACUAUGAAACUUGUACUGUAACAUCUGAAGCACCAAUUGAACCUGAUAAGUACGACAAAGAAAUGGAUAUGGACGAGGAGAAAGCAGCCCUCGAAAAAUUAAAACAGGCUAAAGAAGACAAACAGUUUCCUGAUGAAGUAGACACACCUCAUGAUAUACCAGCGAAGGAUAGAUUCAUGAGAUACCGAGGUUUGAAAUCAUUCAGAACUUCACCCUGGGACCCAAAAGAAAACUUACCUAAAGACUAUGCCAGAAUAUUUCAAUUCCAAAACUUCGACAGGACCAAAGCUGCUGCACUGGCCCAGGAGCAGGGCGGUGCUCAGGCCGGCUGGUAUGUAACAAUCCACGUAAUCAACGUACCAACGAUCCUUCAUGUCCUUAGAGGAGGUCAGCCCAUCGUUCUCUACGGCCUGCUUCCGCACGAAAAUAAACUAUCGUUGUUGAAUGUCGUUCUCAAAAGAGCAUUGGGUUCAGAGGAGCCAAUCGCUUCAAAAGAAAAACUCCUAUUUCAAGUUGGCUUCAGGAGGUUCAAAGCAUGCCCAAUCUUCAGUCAACACACCAACGGAAAUAAAUUCAAGUAUGAACGAUUUUUUCAACCAGAUGCGACAGUCGUUGCCUCAAUGUAUGCUCCUGUGAUUUACCCUCCGGCUAGUGUACUGGUCUUCAAAGAAAAUAAGGACCGGACUAUGAGCAUAGUCGCUCAAGGCAGUGUUUUAUCAGUCGACCCGAACAGAAUUGUAGUAAAACGUGCCGUGUUAAGCGGACACCCAAUGAAAAUCCUCAAAAGAUCUGCUGUGAUACGUUUCAUGUUCUUCAACCGAGAGGAUAUCGCUUGGUUUAAGCCGGUCGAGCUAAGGACAAAAUACGGACUACGUGGGCAUAUCAAAGAACCUUUAGGUACGCACGGCCAUAUGAAGUGUGUCUUCAACCAACAGCUCAAAUCGCAAGACACCGUUUUGUUAAAUUUGUACAAAAGAGUUUUUCCAAAAUGGACCUAUGAGUCAGAGGUCAAUUUCGUUCCUAUACAUGAAGAGACGUAAAACUGUAACAAUUCUUGUUACUUUUUAACAGUGAAUUGAAGAUUAUAUACCUUUUUUGUAUAUAAAAAUAAGUUUUUUAAGUUUGAA